CAAUCACACACCAUACUCGAACUAUUUUGAACUUGCAGCAAGGCUUUGGGCAAUGGUGGGUAUAAUAUGCAGGAAAUAGAUGGCUUAGUGAUCAACCGGCAUAAUAUGGAUGUGCUUCUUCUCUUCUUUAUCUACAGAGAUGCGCCCUGUCUAGCAACCAUCCGAUGGCCCUGCCUCCAACAUCUUUGGCCAUUAUAUACAGACGAGCUACCCCCUAUUCUCUCCACCUUGGCCAUCAAUAUACUCCAUGUGUAUCCCAAAAAAGGGACCAACCUCCCGGAAAACGAAGAUAUGUCGAAGAAAGGGAAUGAUUUUUGAAGUCAACAGCCCUCGAAACCAACAACUCUCUACAUAAUGGUGAUCCCCGGCACCGAGAUCGACGUGAAGCAAAAACGAGAUCUGCACCGAUGGCAUCCACGACCUUGCCGAAUACCAACAUCUUCAAGUAUAGUGAUGAUGCUAGAAGAAUAUGACACAACGGCAUAUAGACGAUUUUGAAGUCCCGGAAAACUUGCAUGAUGCUGAACGAAUGGGAUCACCUUGAAUUCUUGUACUCUUGGUCACUUGGUGUCGGUUUGGGCUUCUGGGUGGAAGGUGUCGGCACAACUUGACGUGCAUACUGUUUGGCCUUGCCCUUGGCUGCAAGAAGUUGUUCGGACUUCUGGUCGACCGAGCCAAAAUAGGAACGUCUGCCGUAGACGCCGGCGGGUUACUUUGGAAGAUCUUUGGCCAAACGAGCAGUCUUCACGAGAACAUGUCUUCUACUCUGGAAUACUUCCGCGCUCGACAUAUUGCGAGAGGAGAACGGGGAAAGGUCUUUGGGAGUUUUGUCCUCAUGGUGUCGGGUUCGCGAAGCGGUGCUGCUCGUUUUGCUGUCUCUUUGCUUUUGAGGAGACGCUGGCGGGGAAGGGAGUGGGUUGGUGAUGGUCAUGUUGACGGGGGCAAUAUGGUCGAGCGCUAUGGGGUAACGACAGGUGGAAGGAUUUGAGAAAAGUAAGUAACAAACGAGCCAUCAUGGAGGAAGAAGACAGAAAAACCUUCAAGUCAGGCAUGUUGGACAUCAUUCAGUGGCUAGCACGUCGCCGAGGGACCCGCCGUUCCAGCACGCGGGAGUACAGGGGCAAAUUCGGAAAGCCACUGCGAGCACACGUCCCGGGCCGCGUUCGGUGUUCGAAUUCUGGUCACGAUGCGGGACUAAGCCUCUCCGCAAUCCCCCGACUUGCGUUGUGUGCGGGCUCAGCGGUUCUGAACCAGAAGAAGAGCAUAACUUGCCUCAUUGAUCAACACUGCUUAUGGCCUGUAUGAUCGAAUUUUUCUUUUUUUACGAGACGUAGGACCAACAGGGGGUCUGACACCUCGAAAGUUCUCCGCCAAGACGAUCAUGUCACCCCAUUUCGGCGACUGGGGGAGAAAUGGCGCCAUCAUAUUUGAAUACAAAAGUUGUAGGGAUC